AUGACUGAACCAAUGCAACAACUUCGAAUUAUUGCACAACCCAAGGCAUUCUUUCGUGAAAGAUAUGGAAGCGAACUAGAUCAAGCUGAAAAUACAGCUAAACGUUACAUUCGUGCUGAAGAUAAUAAUCAGUUAAAUCUCGAAUAUCCAACUAUAGAGAGAAGCUAUCUUAAAAUGAAAUUAUUUAUUAAUACAAUUGAUGAUGAAGUAUAUCCGAAUAAUGAAAACCAAUGUUUAAUUAAAAUGAUUGUCGCACGUUGA